ACUGUUUAUUUGCAAGCAGCAAUGCUAUAGAGAAUGUACCUUUUCACUCUGUUAGUCUGAAAUACUGAACCUGUUGCUGCAUUAGACGAGUUGCAUUUUGCUGGAUAGGGGAAGGAGGGCUGUCUGCUGUCUGGUAGGAGGGCUUUGUCUGUGCCUUUCUCUCUCUCAGUUUCUUUCUGUUUUUCUUUCUCUCUCUCCUCUUUCUCUCUCACUGGCUUGCUUGCUCUGUCUCUGUCUUUCUCUCUCUCUCUCUCUCUGCCCCCCUUCCCCUCCCUCUCUCUUGCUCUCUCUCUCUCUCUUCCCGUCUCUGUGGUUUGUAAGGUAGGUUGCAGUGUGUGUAUAUACACAACAUCAAGAGCAGGAAAAUGGACUCAUUAGGGAGGCAGGCAGUCAUUACCACUCACACUGUACUUCCAGGGAGACACCGAUUAUGAGAAGAGAAACUCAGCGCUGGGGAAGAAGAUAAAUGAGUGGAGUGUUUGAAGUGCCCUUUGAGACUCUGAAGCUGAAGAGUAUCUGAUCCAUUGCAAGUCUGUUUGUGCCUCACCCUGCACAGAAUUACUGGAAGCACCUUCACCAGGAACAUUUGGACUUGAAUAAUCUCCACAGCAGCAUUUUUUGAAUUAAAUGAAAUGUAAAAUGAAUGAUUAUCCCAAGAAGAAGCUGUUCUUUAGGAACAGCUUGACUUUAACCUCUGUGGAAACACAAAUGAGAACUGUGAUGGAUACAAUAAUUACUGAAACUGCCUGAAGUUACAUUCUGAGACUGAAAUCACUGCACCUUAAAAACAAAAGAUUGAGCGGCACUGUGUCCCUACUUUUACCAUCAACAAUUGAAUAUUUCACCAAGAUUGUUGCCUGUUCUUUGACCACCAGUCUUUUGCCUGUUCCUGCUCUUUAUAUGCAGCCGCUCUCUGUCCCCUGCCCCAAUGAACAUCUGCACUAGGCCCAAGCCUUGGAGUGACUUACCUGAAGAGUGACACCAUUUGUCUGAAAUCUAUUAAAGUAUAAUUGAGAGGAAAAGUGUGAAAGAAAUGCAAAGGGGAAACAAUAGGAAGAAACCCAAGACAGCUGAAAACCAGAAGGCAUCUGAGGAGAAUGAGAUUACUCAGCCGGGUGGAUCCAGCGCCAAGCCGGGCCUUCCCUGCCUGAACUUUGAAGCUGUUUUGUCUCCAGACCCAGCCCUCAUCCACUCAACACAUUCACUGACAAACUCUCACGCUCACACCGGGUCGUCUGACUGUGACAUCAGUUGCAAGGGGAUGACCGAGCGCAUUCACAGCAUCAAUCUUCACAACUUCAGCAAUUCCGUGCUCGAGACCCUCAACGAGCAGCGCAACCGUGGCCACUUCUGUGACGUGACGGUUCGCAUCCACGGGAGCAUGCUGCGCGCACACCGCUGCGUGCUGGCAGCCGGCAGCCCCUUCUUCCAAGACAAGCUGCUGCUGGGCUACAGUGACAUCGAAAUCCCAUCGGUGGUGUCAGUACAGUCGGUGCAAAAGCUCAUUGACUUCAUGUACAGCGGAGUGCUGCGAGUCUCACAGUCGGAAGCUCUGCAGAUCCUCACAGCUGCCAGCAUCCUGCAGAUCAAAACAGUCAUAGAUGAGUGCACACGCAUCGUGUCUCAAAAUGUGGGCGAUGUGUUCCCCGGCAUCCAGGAUUCUGGCCAGGACACACCAAGAGGCACACCAGAGUCAGGCACAUCUGGCCAGAGCAGUGACACGGAAUCAGGCUACCUGCAGAGCCAUCCACAACACAGUGUGGACAGAAUCUACUCGGCACUGUACGCUUGUUCCAUGCAGAAUGGCAGCGGUGAGCGCUCCUUCUACAGCGGUGCAGUGGUCAGCCACCACGAAACUGCACUCGGCCUGCCCCGUGACCACCACAUAGAAGACCCCAGCUGGAUCACACGCAUCCAUGAGCGCUCGCAGCAGAUGGAGCGCUACCUGUCCACCACCCCUGAGACCACACACUGCCGCAAGCAGCCCCGGCCCGUGCGCAUCCAGACUCUCGUGGGCAACAUCCACAUCAAGCAGGAAAUGGAAGAUGACUAUGACUACUAUGGGCAGCAAAGGGUGCAGAUCCUAGAGCGCAAUGAAUCCGAGGAGUGCACGGAAGACACUGACCAGGCCGAGGGCACCGAGAGCGAGCCCAAAGGUGAAAGCUUUGAUUCCGGGGUCAGCUCCUCUAUUGGCACUGAGCCUGACUCAGUGGAGCAACAGUUUGGGGCAGGAGCCACAAGGGACGGUCAGACGGAACCUGCCCAACCUGAGCAGGCAGCAGAAGCUCCAACUGAGGGCAGUGUCCAGCCAAACCAGCUAGAAACAGGUGCCUCCUCUCCAGAGAGAAGCAACGAGGUAGAGAUGGACAACACAGUGAUCACUGUCAGCAACAGCUCCGAUAAGGGUGUCCUGCAACAGCCUUCAGUCAACACAUCCAUUGGGCAACCAUUGCCAAGUACCCAGCUCUAUUUACGCCAGACAGAAACGCUCACCAGCAACCUGAGGAUGCCUCUGACCUUGACCAGCAACACACAGGUCAUUGGCACAGCUGGCAACACCUACCUGCCAGCCCUCUUCACUACCCAGCCCGCGGGCAGUGGCCCCAAGCCUUUUCUCUUCAGCCUGCCACAGCCCCUGACAGGCCAGCAGACCCAGUUUGUGACAGUGUCCCAGCCCGGCCUGUCCACCUUUACUGCACAGCUGCCAGCGCCACAGCCCCUGGCAUCAUCUGCAGGCCACAGCACAGCCAGUGGGCAAGGUGAAAAAAAGCCUUAUGAGUGUACUCUCUGCAACAAGACUUUCACAGCCAAACAGAACUACGUCAAGCACAUGUUCGUCCAUACAGGUGAGAAGCCCCAUCAAUGCAGCAUCUGUUGGCGCUCCUUCUCCUUGAAGGAUUACCUAAUCAAGCACAUGGUGACACACACAGGAGUGAGAGCCUACCAGUGCAGUAUCUGCAACAAGCGCUUCACCCAGAAGAGCUCCCUCAAUGUGCACAUGCGCCUGCACCGCGGGGAGAAGUCCUACGAGUGCUACAUCUGCAAGAAGAAGUUCUCCCACAAGACCCUGCUGGAGCGACACGUGGCCCUGCACAGUGCCAGCAACGGGACCCCUCCGGCAGGCACGCCCCCAGGUGCCCGCGCAGGCCCACCAGGCGUGGUGGCCUGCACGGAGGGGACCACUUACGUCUGCUCCGUCUGCCCAGCAAAGUUUGACCAAAUCGAGCAGUUCAACGACCACAUGAGGAUGCAUGUGUCUGACGGAUAAGUAGUACCUUUCUCUCUUUCUUACGAACCAAACGAAACAACAACAAAAGAAAUAAACAAACAAACAAACAAACAAAAAGCUAUGGCACUAGAAUUUAAGAAAUGUUUUGGUUUCAUUUUUACUUUCUGUUUUUGUUUUUGUUCCGUUUCAUUUUGUACUCCACGAAGAACUGUAUUUUGCCUGCUGGUACAUUACAUUUCCGGAGGCUUGGGCAGAUAAGACUUUUCCCAGUCUCCCUUGGAUGGUGGCCUUAAGGCCUGGUAGUGCUUCACGAGCUCCACUGGUUGGAUCUCUAGCUACUGGCCUCUAAAUACAACCCUUCUUUACAAAAAAAAAAACAAAACAAAACAAAAAAAAAACAAACAAAACAAAACAAAAACAAAAAAAGCAAAAAACCACACACAAAAAAAGCAAAACAAAAAAAUCUUUUAAAAAAGUUAAAAAAAAGUUUAAAAAAAAAGACAGAGUUGUUUUUCCACUCGUGAAGAGCACUACAAAGUCUAUAAGGAGAUGUAAAAGGCCUGCUGUCUGUAAGUACACCGCUCACAGUGUUUCAGUGGACAUUUCACAGUUCUGGCCACUUGGACUUCAUAGUAACCAGUUAAAACUAUAAUAUCGCUUCUGGCUGAGAACCCAGAAAAGGCCCUGCUGUUUCCACCUACCACGUUAUUAAAGGGCUGUGGGAUGGGAGGGGGCAGUGAGCUCAGUGGUGUGAGGAAAAGCGGCAUGGCAGGCUUCUCCCCCAAUUCUGCCCAGUCCACACACCCUGGCCCACCUCCGCCACAACUCCCUCCCCUUUCAGCAGAAGCCAGAAGACUUGGACAAGCAACAGUGGCUGUCGUAUUUAUUCAGUGUCUUCGCUGAGCCUCAGCCUCAGCGCAAUCAGGAGGGACUUUCAAGAAAGGCAGGAAUGCAGAGAAAAUGGUAACAGAUUUGCACCUAUGUUUCUAGGUACAAGAGAAGGAUUAUUUCCAACAACCUUUGCAAAAAAAAAAAAAGUGUCAGGAUAUAUUCUUGUGGAAGAGAAAAAGAAAGAGAAAUGGAGGGUGGGGGGAACAAUAAAAGUUCUUGAUGCUUUUUUAAUUCAAAAUUUUAUAGAGGGGCAAAAGUGAUGUUUACCAGAUAGAAUGCUGAUUUUUUUAAUAUAUUUACAACAGUAUUUGUGUAAAAAAAAAAACAAAAAAGUGAGAUUGUUAAAAGUAAUUUCUUUCUCAUUUUGGUUUUGCAUACACUGCCACCAAUCUCUUCUCAUUUACUUUGUCUCACACACACAUAUAUAUAUAUUUUUUGGUAAGUCAAGACUGUUAAGGUUAGCGAUACUGCUUCCAGAUAGAAAGAAUAAAAGGCAACUAAAGUUAUAUUUGAAAGAGAGGAAGGAUAUUUUCUUCAUAUUUUUUCUUAAGUUUUUUUUUUAUUAUUUUAAGUAUUGCCUGGGUUGCUGAGGGCCUCAGAGGCCCACCCACCCCUGCUGUAAUUUCAACUGCUGCUGUGUUUUGCUGUGUAGAUCUUUGAAUUCUGGCUUAAGUUGGUCCACUAAAUCCUCUUCCAUUGACCCAUCUAGAAUCCUGUCCUUUCUCCUGGGAGGGACGUGAUCCUUUAGCAGAUUUCCUACUUCUCCAACAUCUUCACUGAGCUCUUCGGAUUCUAGAAUCCCUUGCUUUUAUUUCUUUGAUGAAACACUAGUAGUCUAGAGAUCUUGACAGAGGGGGUUUGUUUUGUUUCUGGUCAGUCAGGAGCACUCCACAAAAUUCUCCCCUCCCACUGUGUGAACGUCACUAUGAGAAGCCUGUUACAGACCACAAUACGUCGAUGCCAAAACUCUUUCUUCCUUUCAGAUGUCACCCCUGGACUCUUCCCACCAUGCCUAAGAGGGCUAAAAGAUGAUCUCUCUAGCUGAUUAUUAACCCUUGCUUUUUGGAAAUUAACAAUUUCCCAAGCUAACAUCCAGUGAAAACUGGCCCUGGGUCUCUGGUGUCAUCCCAGAUACCACUCUUUCUAGUUGGGAUUUCUCUCUUUUGUCUUGAUCAAGAAAUCAUAAGAUUUUGCAAUUAUAUACAGUGUCUUAAAGGAAUUCCAGCUCAGACUAUAACUUUUAAACCUAGCUAAUACUCACAAAGUAGUUUCAUGACUGGGCAUGUUUUAGCAUACUUAAAAGGAAAAGUAAAUAUUUCAAUAAUGCAGAAACACAGAACUACAUUUUUAAAAAUAAGAAAAGAGGGUAUUUUUGUUUCUAAAUUAGUUUACAUUUUAAUUUAAUUUUCCUCCUAAUUUUCCUGUUAGCAUUUUAUUUACAAAAAAAAUGCAGCAAACUAGGGAAAAUCUUCCAAGGCAAGCAACUCUAUAAUGACUAAAUUGGUUUUAUUCAUACAUUUUAGACAAUUGGUUAAGUUGGAUCUUUUCCAUACGUUCUUUGUGAUGUUUCGUAGUUUGUGCAACUGGAGUGUUUGUGCAGUCUGAGUCGUCUUAUGGUGCUUCAUUCAGUGGCUAUUUUGCUAGGAGUUGUAAUGUAGAUUUGGAUAGUUAGCUGACUACUGAGGAUCACUCAGCGUGAUUUCUAAGAGGACAACCAAGAACAUGUGUGACCUGCUUUAAAAAUGAGCUUCAGAAAUGCAGAGGCCCUCUCCACCCCACCCACCUGCUGGUUUUGCUGUUGAAAGGGUCAGUAGUGACCCUUGCCACCUUACCACCAAUAGAGGGAGCAUUAAGUAACUACAUCAUUGAAUCAUUUUGAUAUUUUGAAAAAUGAGUCAUUAACCCAUUAGGAAAAAAAAAUAUGACAUUGUGAUAAUUUUUCUUAAUCUGGAGGAAAAACGGCAAAAUCAUUGUAUAAAACAAAUGAAAAAAGGUCAUACCUAGUUUUAGUUAUUUUCACUGUUGUCAGGGGUACAUUUUAAAUAGUGUCUCUGUUCAAUGCUUAACAAAGCAGGCAGAAUUCACAUUGUUUCUGGUAAAGCUUAUAUCGGGUGCCAUUGGGCUUCCCCAUCCUCUCCUGAACUCUGAAAGAGACCCAUUUGCCUUAAUGCUGUUUCGCCAUCGUCAGAAGCUAAGAAACUGCGUUAAACCCAAUAUUUGUUGUAGAGCAUGUAAGAAAAAGAACAGGUGACUGGAAGCCCUGAUACACAUUCUGUCCUUAAUAAAGGGAAUAUCUCCUUUACAGAGAGCGGGAAGAUCCCUAAAGAAUUCUUGGUAAGGUCCUCCUCCCUAAGCUCAUUCCUACUGUAUUUUUUUUCUCCCAAACAUCUCACAGCCUAAAAUAUUUGACAUUGUUCUCUAGAACUGGGAGGACACUAACCUGGCUCUCAAGCAAAGAUACAUCUAUAGGGCCAAUGCCCCAUAUUCAGCCUCUAAAGGGUAGCCUUCCCACUAAUCGACAGUUCAGGAGACGAGCCUGUCUGCACCUCCUCCAGGAGAUGCAGGUGCUUGAGUCCAUGCACCAUCCCUGGCUUAUAGCUGCAAGGUGUGGGCAGGGGGAGCAUCUCAGUUUUUGGUUUCCAGUCCUGCAGUUUCUAUGAUGGAUGCUGUAAGUGCUUUUAAAGCUGGAAAAGAAAGAAAGGUCUUUGUAGUAUUCGGGAAAACAUACAGAGAGAGAGAGAGGGGGAUGCAGAUGUUCCAGACAGGAGACCUAAGGAGAAGUUUGAGGAACGAGAGCUGAUAUGCAAAAGCAUACUAGUAUAAUUUUUUAAACAAAAAUUUGAUUUAAAAAAAAGUCUGAGGAAUGUUUGUCUCAACACGUUUAUAUAGAAAUUAUGAAAAAUAAAAUUCCCUAGCACUAAAAACAUCAAUAGUGUCUCAGCAUGGUGGGUCGUGUUUCCUAUAUUAAAUAUCAACAUUUAUACAAAAAAGAGCCCCUAGCUGUAAAAUAUACCCCCCCAAAAGACAAUAAUAAUGGCUGUUUAGUUCUACAAUUAAAAGCAAAGAACUGAGAAAAACUCUCCCCUCUCUAGUAAUCUGAAAUGAAAAUCUUUAUCAAAGUAUUUUCAUUGUAAAUUUACCCACCUCACAGUCAUUUUGCAGGCUUUCCCAUCCCAGUUCUGUUUGCCAGGAAUGAAGGUAGUAAGAACCCUGGCUCAGAUCCUGCCAUUCCUUCCUUCCCCGUAUCUAGUAGGUCACAGGGGCCUUGGCCUUAGAAAGACUUGGGUUUGCCUUUUUUCUCUAAAAAUCAGAGAGCUUUAUCUUACAUCACGAUAUCAUGUAAGGACCAAGAAAACCCUUUCCGGCCCAUGAACAGGAAGAGUCUGUGUAUCUGAGGCUAAAGAGCCAAGGUCUCUGGGCGAGCUGUUCAUGCCCGUCUUCCUGUCCUGAUCUGUCUCCAUGUGCUUCCUUCUCACACAGCGGUGUGUGUCCUGCCCGUGCCCCAAAGCAGUGUUUCUUUCUGCAAAGAAGUUAGAAGGGAAGCGCUGCUUCCUAAAACCUGUCGGGUCCCCAGUAAAACAGUCCAGUUCCUUGUAGCUUUCCCAUUGCGGUCCUCUAAGAUAUCCCAGCUCCUUUGCCCUGAGCAAUGAUGAAAGUGAGAUCGGCCUGGCCAGGAUGCGUGGCAGAACUGCCCCUCCUGAGCCUUCCCCCAUGCUGCCGAUAGGGUCUUUUAAUUAGUUAGGGCUGGCCAUGGGGAGUAUAUGGUUCCCCCAGGAUCACAUCAGGUUGGCUCUGCUGUGACCAGUGUGGCAGCUGCAGCAAAGUGAACACAAAGGUGUAGGGCAGGAGCAGACGAGACGUGCCCUGUGGGGAGAGAACAGAGGCUGGGAGGGAGCCUUUUCUGCUGUGACUUGACUCUUAAAGAAACCCUCCAAAAUGAAUUCUUUAAUUUAGUAAUGAGUUGAAGUCCAGGGUAAUGGAAGCUCUGGGGAAGAGAACAAAAGAAUUGCACAAUGUAUUCAGUACCCAACAAUACCAAACCAGAAAACAUCCAAUCACAAAGCUAGGAAGUUUGGCAAGAGGUACUUAGGGAAACCUCCAGCCUUUUCCAUGGGUAGGGUCCGCAGACUUUCUUUUGAGUGAUUUCUGGCUCGAAGAAACCUCUUUACUCACUAGAAAAGAACUUUUAUUUAAAUGACCAAUUUUGUCCCCCAGGGGAAAAAAAAGAAAAAUUUUAAAAAGACAGAAAAGAAAAAUAGGACACUAAAGACAGAACCAUGUGAGUUGGUGACAAACAAAAGAAAGGGGACACUAGAAUUUCAAUAGACUUCCCAAUUGGAUGGGGGGUGCGGGAAGCAAAGCUACCCAAGGGCCUCCCAGCUCAAGACUCCCAGUCUGCUGGGAAGGGACCGAGUGCUUGAUCUGACCCAGCUGCUGCCUUUCUGGGACUGAACAUAACUUCCCAGCUGGGACCAUGGCAACCUCCUCCUCGGUUCUGUAUUUUCAUAAGGAAACAGGACUGUUCUCUUAGGUGGCGUGGGGCGAACAUCCCAAAACAAGCUCUGCCCUGUGCCAAGGCUGCUUUUUUGCUUGACCAUGGAAUCCACAGCAGUAAGUGAUGUGCAUCCCCAGGUCCCAGGAGUGGGCUGUGGACUUCCGUUCCCUCAGCGGAAGAGACAAAAGAUGAAGGCUGGCAGUGCACACGUUCUUUUUGAGAACCACAUGUCUCCUCCUCACUGAAGGAGGAGUAGAAAGGCCCAAGACUAAAACAAGAGUCUUAGCACAGGACUGACUGACAGCUGCCCUUCGCCCAUGUUCUUUAGACCCCAUCUGUUGCUCCAAGGGCAAAAUACUGAAGUAAACUCAGCUAAGGAAUUUUCACAAGAAACCGUUAGGUUGUAGAAUUAUUGCCUUAAGUUAGAAACCCUGGGGGAAAGCAGACAAAAAAAAAAUUACAGAAAAUGGAAGGCUCCGAGGAUAAGAACUUUUGCUUUUUACUGUUCCACAGUCACAAAAGUAAGCUCUAUUCAUGCCUGAAGACCAUGGAAACAGUGACUUCCUGGGGAGGCACCAAACUUGUAGGGGAACCGGCUGCUUUCAGGAAGCAGCUAUUUCCUGUCUACUCCAUCUCAUUGGUAGGUCGAGGCUGAAUGUGAAAUUAGCAUGUUGCUAAGUAGCGAGUCCCGUUCAACACAAUCACAGGUGCCUGGAUGAGUCUUAAAUGUCUCCUUAACGGGGAGAACAAUCCCAACACACAGCUUUCUUUUUAUAUAUAAUCUGGUUUUCUACAGUCUGCACUUGGUUCCACCUCAGUUUUGGAGUGCAUUUGGUUUACCUUGUGGGUCUUUGUGUAAAUGCAGAAUCAAAACUUUCAAGUCUUUAGUGAGGAGGCAUAUGAUCUGCAUAUCAUUGGCAAAAGUUAGCCCUCGUCAUGAAGUCCCAGCAUGGGCAGUGCCUGAAGACAGUCAGGCUCCCCUGAGAUCGCUCGCGAAUAGAGAGGUUUCUCCGUUAGGAGUACUUUCAAGAGAUUCUGAUACCCCUGCAGCAGAGAGAAAAGAAUUAACCCCACAGGAGACAUCUGUUUCUGCUGCUGUUGCAACAGUUGUCGUAGCCCGAAGCAUCAGUUAUUUGCACACAGAUGCCAUUAACAAAAGUGGCUUAACCCAUCCAGUUUGUCCGAGCUGCUGGCCAGAAUAUCUGCAGAUGAGUGCACCUUAUACAUGUGCAUGCAUGGUGUGAGGUGCUCCUACCAUACCAGGAAACUUCAUUCAUAUUCUAAAGAGACAACAGUGUAGACUUGGGAAAUUCCAGUAGAGUCAGAGGCCUGACACCAUGCAUAUGCCUGCUUUUUUGCUCUGUAACCUUGGUUGUGUGCAUCAGUAUCUGGGAUGAGGCUUUAGAGCAUUGGGAAGUAUCCCGACCAUCAGUAGUUUGCAUAUAGCCUUUUAAGGGGAAACUUGAACAAAUGCUACACUUCUGUGGAUUUACUGGUGAGUGUGUGUGUGUGUGUGUGUGUGUGUGUGCACGCACGCAUGCGAGCACACGACUACGCACAUUUGUGUGUUUAUGUGUAUUUAUGUUGUCUGAGUGUGCGAGCAUCUCUCAAAUGAAGCCCACACAGGCAGAGUUCCUGGUGCAUAGAUACAGUUGCCUCUUCUACCAUUGUGCUCAGACUCAUGGCUCUCUUCCCAGGAAGCAGUCACCUGCCCACUCUGUUGCUUUUUGUAGUAUUUCAGAGUUGGGAGAAACAAAGGCAGCUUGUUGGCUCCACAGCAAACCCACAGGGACAGGCUGUUUCCCUCCAGAAGAGGGUGGAGUACACAUUUUUCAACCAAGGAGCAGAGGGAGCCAUCAGAGACACCCCACAGGACUCCCAGAGGGGAGGCACCCACCCAGGCAGGUAGCACCCAAGCAUCCCAAGAUGAAGUGACCCUGAGCUCAAAGGCCACUCUUGUCCUCUCCGGAACCUUGGAGGCUUUAGAGAAGGAGCACGGUCUGCAGAUCAUAGAUAAAGCCUAGCCCCAGGCAUGUAGUCUCAGCACACACACACACACACACACACACACACACACACACACACAGGAACUACAUGGGAAUCCUGCUCUCAGACUGAAACUUCCUGAUGCUGCCUGCCCCUGCAGGACAUCACUGUCAUUCACAAGCUGUGUCUCCUGAAACCAGUGUGGCCUUCACCAGUCUUUCGAGGAUGGGUUGUUUACCAGUCUAGCAAACCAAUAGAAUACAGAGGGGUAAAUUGAGGGGAAUCAGGGGCGCUUGCCCAUGUCAGGCAUUAAAGUAGAAUGCUCCUCUAGUAUUGUAUAUUGAAUGACUGGACUUAGCUCUCAUAGGUAACUCUGGAUGGCUUGAUGACCUAGAAACAGUUAGAUUUAGUUUUCUCAGUCCCACGCCCUUCUUUUACUAGAUGGUUCCUUUCUCCCUGUCCCCCACCUUUUGUGAUAUAUGGAUUAUUUCUGCUUUACAGAAUUCAGAGGGCCUUCUUUCAUCUUCUGUUUUAAUGACAUUUCCCCUUCCCCCAGGCAGUAAGGCUACUUACCGUUACAAAUAUUUUUUUUUGGUUUGUUUAUUAUUUCUUUCAAGUGCGUAUUGUCUUUCUGUAGCCAAAAGAAGUCUGUGACUGUAACCACAGGUAUUUCUUUUUACUGGAAAAAAAUUUCAUUUCUUGUUUUUAUUUGUAUUGUUUUAAUUAACAGUACUAGUGACUUUGUGGAAGACUAUGGUUACUAUUUAGGUAUGCUUAGUUAAGUACAAUACACUACACUGCAGUGUUUCUGAAACCUAGAACAUACACAUUAUAUAUAACAACUCUAUAUUGAAAUAUAUUACAGUAUAUUCAUUUUAACUUUGACUCUGCCAAUGCUCAUGAGUUGACUGAAAUAUUUCUUCACAUGUAUCACCCAUUCCCCACCUGCUGCAGUUACUCUGGUUCAUUUAAUGACCGUUACGGUUCUAGUUUGCUUUUUAUAUUAUCAGCUUCAGUAUUGUCUUUAGAAGAUUUUAGGAUUUUUUUUAAAGAUCAGAUUUAGCACAUGUAGGAAAGUGAAAACUGUUUAAACUUUAAAAAAUUAUUUUGCUGUGGCUAAUACAAAGAAGUGCAUAUUCCACGUGAUCGUGUUUAGCUGCCCCGUCAACACCUGAAGAACAAAGGAAGUGCAAACGUGUCUGUGGUCUUCCCCUUUAGGACUGCCGUCGUCUAUAUUUGCUUUAAAAAAUAAGACCACGGAGCUGCUUGUCCGUCACAUGAUCUGACCAACUGUCUAAGCUGCAUUUCAAAGGGCUGCUUUGGUGAGAAGCAAAGACAGGGAAGUGCCUCACUCUCCCGACUGUAUCUCAAAACAUUGGAUUUCAGUUUUGAUCCUUCACCGUCUGCUCUCUCUUGUUGGUAUGCCUGCCAUUAUUUUCAUUGGUCUUCAGCAUUUCUCUGGAGGCAUCUUGGCAAUACACCAUUCAUUUCCCCAGGAGAUUUCUUUUUAAACUAAAACCACAUUUCUGGAAACUUUUUACAGACAGAACUCAAAAACAUAUAUGACAUUUUUUAGUCUGCAGACCCCAUAAGUUGGUGGCUCUUGGUCACCUGGCCCUUGGCAUCUCUACUUGCUUUCUUCUUUAGCCAGGUCACCAAGGGGACAUUCAGAAACCAAAUAGCUUGUCUUCUAACAGAAGCACUUUCAGGUCAUCUUUUCAAGUAAAAACUUUCUUCAGCUGCCCCCAGUUAUUCUACCAAAAGUCUGGACAUCAGAAUCAAAUCAGCUGAACCCCAUCUCAUCCUUCGCAGUCUGUAUUCAGGACAAAAUGAAGUAUACCCCCUCCCCCAUGGCGGACCAAUAUUUAAGCUUCUCAGUGUGACUAUACCACUUUUCCUUCAGUCUUCCAUCACUUAUUGUCUCCCAGCCUCAUCACAUUCUGCUGUGCCUAUUCAGUGUGUCUCUGCCCCCAACCCACCCUCUCCUUAGCAUCUUCCAUUUGAGAAGCCUGGCAUUCAUUAGGACUUUCCUUUAGUCUCCUUUGAUGAUGCUAAGCUGGAGCCUAGUAGGAAGCUACUUACAUUUCAUCUGUUUUCAAUGAAAGACAUGCCAGCUGAAAAGAGGUGAACUAAGUGGUCCUGAGGUUGUCCCUUCAGUGACCAGGUAUGAGGCGAACUGUCCUAACUCCAUUAUUUAGGCUUCCCUUUCUUUGCCAAAUUCUCAUCAUGUCUUCUGGUUUCUUUUUAAAGGGAAUUCUGAGCUACCCAAUCAUCUCUUCAGUGCCCCCCCCAAAUUACAUUCAGCCUCCCAAAUGUUCAUGUCUUUCUUCUCCCUCCCUUCUUAGCAUCUUUCUUUAAGUGAGUUCAUAAACUUGGGACUCGUAGGCAGAAUGAAACAUGUCUUCAUUUCAGCUUCAGAUUUUAAAGGUUGACAGUGUCUUUUGAGAGUAGGAGGACCUGAGUCACAGUUCUAAAUGUCAACUGUACUAGUUGAGAUCAUUAAUUCCUCUCACCUUUACAUUAAACCAAAGAGAAGUAUUUUCUUUUCUUUUUCUAUCUUUUUUUUUGAUACCACGUUUUUCAGAUUCUUGAUAUGAGUAGACCAUUUCUGAGGGAGGAAAAAACCUCCCAUGUUGAUUAUUUCUGCCUGUGCUAAUAUUUAGCCAGUGACAUGUUUGCCAGAUACUAGAUUUACAAGAAUCUGAAGAAGGAGGUAACAUUUCAAAAUAACUUUGGUAGCUAUUUAUGCCAAAAGCCACUUUUCAUUUAAAUACAAUGUAAGAAAAGUUUGAGAGAAUUUCUUCAUGUAUUACAUUUUUGAAAAGCCAAAUAUUGGUUUGUCUGAAACUUUGAAGGGUAAUUUAUUAAGGAAUAAGAGGAUCUAUAAAGUUCAUCAAGUGCUUGUUUUAUAAACAAAAAUUGCCUCAACAUAAACAUAUGUUAAAAAACAAGAAUAAGGAUGACUGGAUCCUAUAUUAGAUUUGAUAUUCAGGACUCAGUUUAUAAAUACACAAUAUGUUAUUUGGGCAUUGUUCUAGAGCUCAUUCCAAUUACAACUUUCUGGUCUCCAGAACACUAAUAAAGAAGAUUGAAGGCAUUGUGGGUGUAGCCCUUUGGGGAUACUUGUAAUAUCAUUUCACAGUAACCCUUUAGCACAGUGCCCUAACUUGCUAUGAGCCCACAUUGUCUCUCUAUUCAUAUGAAGGAGUCUGAGACAAUUUGGAGUGCACAGGUACUUCCUGCUCUACCUUGACACUCAAAAUCCAUACUUAAAAUAAAAAAUGUAGCAUCACGUGGCUUGAGGCUUGAUCCAACUUUUGUCUUAAGACAGUUUAUAACAUCCAUUUGCACAGAGAGCAGUGAGAUAAAUGGCAAGUUCAAAAACCUUCUUGAGGCAAACAUACAUCUCUCAGUAAGUCACCAUGUCUUGAGGCCAGUGUUUACAUUGCUAAAGACUUUGACCUUUGCUUGGCAAGUCCUCCAACUUAGUCUUACCUUCGGAGCUCUUCCUUUUUCUAUUUCAGGCUCUUACUAUCUCUUUUGAAAGUAUUCUGUAUUGAAAGAAGUCUUGUCCUCUGGCAUUGCUUUCUGAAGGCCUAGAAGAUUCAUUCAAAUAACUAAAUACUGUCUGCCAUCUCAAGUGCAAUGUGGCAUGGGAGAGGUCUGGGUCAGAAAGAUCUCAUUGGAUCCACUUGAUCCAGGCUGCCUGCUUGCCAUUGUUUCUUCAAGGUCCCCAAGAGAUUCAACUCUAAGAUCCAGGCUUUCUCACCACAACCUCUUAAGUUUGUCACAGAUGAAUGUCCAAAUCCCGUUUAAUAUUCUAGAGGCUCCAGCGUGUGAAUUCUUACUGCUCAGGAGCCUCCUGUUUUCAGAAGCUGGCACCUGUCAAGAGCACCGACAGCCCCCAUAGUAACUAAUGCAGCACAAUAGUGGUCAGAAAUGCUGGAGUGUGCAUUUGAGAGAUUAGCAAGUGAUUUUUUUCUUCUUUUACCCGUUUUGUUUAGUUUUUUUUUUUUAAGCCUGCAUUCCCCCCAACAUAUUUCAGAAAACCUGCAUCUCAUUUUAUAGUUAGGUAGUUUUAGUUUUGUGAAUGUAGAUUAGGAAAUGUUCUGGAAUUGAAGCUGGUAGCAAACACGUUUAUUUUCUGCACUGGACGUUAGGACAAGUGUGUAUGGAUGCAAUUCCUUCAGAGAAAGUGAAACAUGGUAAGCAAAGGGACAGUACUUCUACACACUAAACAGUUGUCUGCUAUCUGCAAACCUUGAUUUAAGCAUAAUUAUAACUUCAUAGAAAUCUGAAACUGGAGGAAUGUGUAUUUUAGUAUUUUUUUAUUGUUUUCCUUUAUGUCUUCUCAAACUAGGGAAAUGUUUUGAUUCUCUGAUUUGAUUCUGUCCCUGCACAUCAGGUGACUGACCCCUGCCCCACAGUAGUCUUUUGCCCCUUGGUGAAGGUUUUUCUUCACUCUCCCAACAAGAGGUCCUUUCUCAUGAAAGUUAUAGGCUCAUUUUGCUAUUACUUAGAGCUUUGAGGAGAGAGAUUCUGCCUGCACGUUGAGGGUAGAAUAGUUAGAAAAUAUUCCUUGAAGAAGAAACUCUCUUUACUUAAACAAACAGGUCUGUGCCGAGGACUGGGACUGAGUGCUGUUGAGAGUCAGCUCCUCCUGUACUGCAGUCAGCAUGGCUCCUCAGGCCUUUCUUGGAAUCAAGCUGGGGGUAAAUUUACUUUUUUUCACUGGGCUGUUUCUUAUGAAUAUCUAGUACAGAAUUCCUAGGGAAAAAUAAUGAGCAUUAAUAAAAUGUCACCUGAUGUGUCCAUUCUCAUAAGCAGGGGUUCCAGUCCUUCAUUUUAAGCUGCCUGUGCUCAUGAGGUCUUACACACAGAAGCAUGCCCUUGUGCUUCACUCCUAACCCUCCCUGUUGCUGAGCUGCACGUAAGCAGGAAAUCUCCUCCACACUGUGGGUGCUUCUCCUGUCCAUGCCCAGCAUAACAGAAGAGAUAAAACACCAAAUUAAAAAUGGGGAGGGGAGGUCAUAGUACUUCAUCUGAAGACUAUUCUGUGAAGCUCAGCUUAACUUACAAAUAGCUUGACAACCUUUUUAUAACCUGGCUUUUGUGCUAUGAUUUACUUUCUUGAUUCAAAGUUGGGAAGAAAAUGCAAUUUCAAUGAAGUGAACAGAAGGAAAGCAGGGGGAGGACAACGUAAGUCAAUUGAACUAAACUAAUACAAUUCUCCAUUCUUAAAACCUGCUCUCAGGGUUACCAAAGAAUGAUCUCACCCCAGUCCUGUCAUUCCUUCCCAUCUCUCUUUUUGAUGGUUUUGAGAAUUAACAUAACCAUACUCUUGUGACUCAUGACUUCUCUUCAUGCUAUCAGGACUUUGGAUAAAGAGUGGAUAGAAACCACUGACUGCUCUGGACCUAAUCUGCUUUCCAGGGCAUAUGUAACGUGUGUAUACAGAUAACCAAAAAUCGACUAGUGUUUUGAUAAGGUUUUGCAAUGGUCUGAAGUGCUCAGCUCACAGCUAGGAGAUCUUUAAAAACAAAACUAGCUAUUCUCCUCUUGGCUCUUCAUGGUACAAAUCUUGCCUUGGAGUCAGCAGUAGAGUCAACGGAGAAAAUGCCCAAAGAUGCUUGAGCAGUAAAAUUUCAUCCUUACUCCCACCGAUUUAGACUUCAGGUUUCUAGAGGAGCCUACUAAAGUACACAAAUAAUUUGCUUAGGCAUAUCUAAUUAAGAUCCAUUUUGCACCACUGUUAAAGAAUUGUGGUCAGGUGAACAGAAAGUCCUAGUAGUCCACAUCCUUCACAGCAGGUGAAGGUAAGAAGCCAAUGACAGAGAAAGUCUACAAUUGCUUUGUUUUUAAAAGCCCCACAGUGCCAAAUGGCCUUGUUUCUAUCUGACAGUACACAUUGAUUCUCCUGAAAUGCCAGCGUGUGUGUGUGGGGGGGGGGGAUGAGAACAGUCAGGCAGAGUCCCAUGUGCAGAGGGAGGCUCAGAGACACUGGAGACAGAUUCUUGAGGAUUACCACAUGCCAAGUGCUUCUCCGGAUUCACCCUCGUGGUGAAUCCCAAACUGACUCGCCUCAAUUUUCAGCUCUAUAACAAUCCCAUUGCAAAUGUUUUUUAACUGAAUAAUACAAGAAGAGUUACAAUGCAGAAUCUGCAUUUUAGCAUAGUAAUUCACUUUGUAUUUAAUAGUUCUACGUUUUGCUUAAGUGUCAUUCAGUUAUGUGUACCAAUUUAGAAUCCAUCAUUUUGAGAGAGGCCUUGCAAUCUGUGCAUGUGGAUGGAUGUCUGUAUCUCUGUGUAACCAGGCAAAAACAAAACAAAACAAAACAAAAAAGAGGAAUGACAUGAGAGAAAAGUGAUCGGUACAGAAAGCGGGCCUAUUGAUGUCAUGUAAGGUGGCUGCUGCUUGUAGACCUUGAAGAAUAGCUGAUUCUGCUACUCAAAAAGAGCGCUGGACUGUUAAAUUUAGGAAGCGGAAAGGCGCUGGCUUUUCUUCCUGUUUCAUCUCCCUUGGUACCAGUCACCUGACAUGAGAAAACCAUGAGGAAAAAGCACUACUGACCUUUGCAUUGAGUAGCCCUUUUCCUCCUCUAACUAAUCCCCUUGAUUGCAGCUCAGUGAUAUGACCUUCCCUUCUGCCUACCGGCUCCAUGUUUGGAAGCAUAAUACAGAGGUACAAGCUGGUGGUUCUCUCCUUUGAGCUGAAACAAACAGGAGCCACGAAAGAGAUGAGUCACACAAGUCUCUAGUCCCCACUUUCCUGCACUGGUACCCUUUAGUAAGAGCUGCUGAUGGUUGAGCUUUGAGUCUGUACUCAUUUUUAGUAGGGCUUUUUCUUUUUCUUUUUUCUUUCUUUUUUGGCUUGUGGGAUUUCUUUCUUUCUUUCUUUCUUUCUUUCUUUUUUUUUUUUUUUUUUUUUUUUUUUUGCACUAAGCAUAACGGCACUGCGUUGCACUACUGAGAUGUAUUUAUUCAUGCCAGAAAAGUGUGUUAGGAAAGGGAAGAAGCGGUAAGCUGGGGGACUGGAAACAUCACAGAGAAUAGGGGUUAUCUCCAUUAUUGUCUGAGCAGAGCCAGAGAGAAUCUGUGGAAUUUUUUUGCCAACUCUUGAUGAAGUCUAGAAACUGCUAUGAUGACAAAACCUGCUUCUUAUUGUAUAGAAGUGGAUUAGUACAGCAAAUGGAGACUAUUUCACAAGAAAUGUAUCCAGUUUUGUUUCCAAAUAAGCUUACAAUAAAAGCCACAAGAUAAGAAAGCUGACUGGGCUGACACAAAGCCUUCAUCUUGGCUCAUAAGACACCAUGGCACCUCUCACUACAGCACACCUCGGUGUGCCUGAGGGCCACGGUGUCCAUGUUCAGAUACCCUUUCUACCCAUGGCAAGACCUAGAUCUGGGUAACCAAAGAGGAAGGCCAUGAACGUGGUGACACUGUAAGGGGACAGUACGGGAAUGGUGCAAUAAACACUGCCAGCCAGUGAGGUGCAAGGCUUAUUCUGAAACAAGGUAGGCCAGCUAGAGAACUGGAGGAAUGGUUGGAGGUGUCAUCCGAAUCCACAAGCUGCUCUACCCUAGACUAUCCUGAAGCAGAGACCUUGAGAGUGCCUAAGAGUUGAAAGUUGUUGCAUUCCCCCCUAAGUUUUCAAUUUAUUAUUAUUGCCUUUUUAAAUCUCAGAAGCAAUCGGAGUUUGACAGCUCUUCGGUAACUAUUAACAAGAGGGUCUUGUACCACAGGACAAGCAAUAGACUAUGCGGGAAGUAAACAAGUGUGGGAGCCUGAGGAUGACAGCUUCUGACAAACGGUGGUCACUAAGAACCACAACCCAUACUGAGUUCCUCUGAACACUGCCCCAUGUGAGGGCAUCAGUUUGGAAAACUCCCCGUUGAGUCACUUGCUCCUUCCUCCCUGUCAUCCAUCCCAGUCUACCUUCCCAAGUCAAAAGUUUCUUCUUACACAGACACAAGUGUCAGCCUUGCUAGUUAAACCCCACGUAGAGCAUUCCAAACUCACUUAGGCAGCCCCUUUGGCACUCAAAGCAUCACCUGUAUUUCGAAUCAGGAUUCUUAAAAAAAAAAAAAAAGAAAGAAAAGAAAA